AUGCCACCCUUUGUUUCUCUCCUUGCUCUCCUUUGCCUUCUUACAUUUGCCGACAGUCAAAUGCCGGGAGGACUUACUUUUCUAAAUGCGAGUGAUCCUGAAAUUAUGGAAAAAUCGUGGAAAGCCGUGAGUGCUGUCAAUAAAAAGCUAAAAGACGGACACGAUCUUAUGGUUCCAGACAAGGUAGUGAAAGCUCAGUCACAAGCUGGUACUAGAUACAUAUUUGAAAUAAUCUACGGUGAAUCUACAUGUAAAAAAGAAGAAGCAAAUACAGCUACUGCGGCGAAGUGUCCACUGAAACCAAACGGACACAAAGCUUUGUAUAACGUCGAACUGUUGGAGAAGCCAGGAGAGAAGGAGCAGUUCAAUGCUGCCAAAAUCACGGACAUCCCGGCCGAAGAGAAGAUUUGA